AUGUGUAGUUGUUUACCGUGCUAUCGACCGAAAAACACUGGCCGUAGGAUUAUAAAUGGCAAUAAUUUGAUAUCUUUCAAUCCAGUUACUCAGUUAGAAGAAAAUAACUACUGUGAUAACCGUAUUAUCACCUCACACUACACAUGGUGGAAUUUCGUUCCACGCAAUCUAUUUGAGCAGUUGCAUCACAUCUCAAAUCUAGCGUUUGCUAUCAUAGCAUUCAUCUACUUAUUCUCAAGCGGUGUGACAAGAUUCUUCUCCGUUUUCAUACCGUUGGCUUUCAACAUGUCGGUUGCAAUGCUGAAAGAUGGCAUAUAUGAUAUAUUUCGUCACAAACAGGACAGCGCAAUCAACAAUCGACUUUUCGAGCACCUGCAGAUUGAUACUGAGCAGUGCGCAAUGAUGUGGAAGGAAAAGCGCUCAAGAGAUAUCCAAGUUGGUGAUAUUAUCAUAUGCCGGGAAGACGACGAGUUUCCAUGUGAUAUGCUUCUUCUUGCUUCAAGUGACAAGAGAGGGAGAGUUGAAAUCACCACAGCUAAUUUAGAUGGUGAAACAUCUUUGAAGACACAUUAUGCUCACAAGCUCACUCAAGAUGCUUAUCAUCGCUUAUCCAAUAUGCGAAGUUCCAUUUCUAUCGCCUCAUUAACUUGGGCAACAAAUUUGCUAAUUCAAGUGGAAUGUGAAGCUCCAACUAUUGAUUUGAAACAUUUCGAGGGGAGGAUUUCAUCAAAAUCUGAGGAAAUAUCAUGUUUUGAUACGGUAAAGGACGUGAUUUUACUGGAAAACAUUGUACUCAGAGGUACAAAACUUAAAAACACGGACUACGUGGUCGGAAUGCCAAUUUAUACCGGCGAAGACACCAAGUUAUCUCUAAAUUCAAAAGCUGUUUCACGAAAGUAUACAUCUCGCGAAGGAAUUUUGAAUACCAAUUUACUCAUUUUUGUCUUUUUGUCCAUAUCACUGAGCAUCAGUUUCGCAAUCGGUGCAACUGUAUGGUUAACUCACAAUGUGAAUAGUGUGUGGUACAUUACACGCCCAAAAUUUUCUCCGUGGGAGUUUGUGCAAAAUGUUUUGACUUUCACAUUCACCACAAAUUCCAUACUUCCCAUUUCACUCAUUGUUACGCUCGAGCUACAGCAAAUAGUUUCUGCCUACUUAAUAUCUAGUGAUAUUGAAAUGUAUGAUUACAAACAGGACAUGAAAACAAAUACAAAGACUGUUCAUACAACUGAUGAACUGGGACAAGUUGAGUUUUUGUUCAGCGAUAAAACGGGAACGCUGACGCAAAAUAUAAUGGUGCUAAAAAGGGUUGCAAUUUUCCCCUCAAACCACGUUCUUUCCAUGGGUGGAGAAACAAAUAAUCCAACUGAUGCCCCCGAAAAAUUGGCAGCGAAUGAUGGAUUGUUUGACGGCAAUUUGGAUAAUACAAAAUCUGAUCAGAGUGUUACAAAUAGCAAGUUUGAUACAAAGGAUGCAAUGCAACUUCUGACAGUUUCUGUUCUGUGUCACACAAUCGAGGUAAAGAAUGAAACGGGUUCAAAAGAAAACAGGGAUUUAUUGCAUGGAGAUUAUCAAGUAAGUAUGUCAUUAUAUUUGCCUUUGCUCGAGGUCCAGGAGUCUUCUCCGUAA